AUGGAGGGUGACAUAGCUGUGGGUAACCAGUUUAAAACAAAAGCCGAAUGUGUUCGUGCCAUCUCUAAAUAUCAUAUGAAACAAUGUAUUGAUUUCAAGGUGAAUUUUUCUGACAAAAAAAGAUAUGAAAUAUGUUGUAGAAACGCUACAUGCAAGUUUCGACUUUUGGCGUCCUUUCGAAAGAGGAGCGACCUAUGGGAGAUAGGCAUUAUGAACUCACUACAUAGUUGUUCAACAUCUAUGUUCAAUCAGGAUCAUAGGCAACUUAGCUCUCAGAUAAUGUGUCAACAUUUAAUGCCCCUUGUUGAUAAGGACCCUUCAACUAAGGUGAGCGUAUGUAUUAGUGAGAUUGUGUCUGAAUUCAAAUUUACUCCGUCGUACAAGAAAACAUGGAUUGCAAGGAAUAAGGCUAUCGAACAGGUAUACGGUAACUGGGAGAAUUCAUACAAUGAGCUGCCACACUACUUGUUAGCUCUCAAGAAAUUUGUUCCUGGUACAGUGGUAGAAAUGCAAACACUUCCCGUAUAUACAGAUGACGGAACUGUUGUCAAUGGAAAACAAAUUUUCCAUCGACUUUUCUGGGCAUUCCAACCAAGCAUUAAAGGGUUUGCAUAUUGCAAACCUAUACUUCAGGUUGAUGGUACCUGGUUAUAUGGUAAGUACAAAGGUACCCUACUAAUGGCGGUAGCUCAAGAUGGAAAUAGUAAUAUCUUUCCAGUUGCUUUUACUCUUGUGGAGGGGGAGACCGCAGAUGGUUGGGGUUUCUUUCUAAAGAACUUGAGAAUGCAUGUAGCCCCUCAUCCUGGCUUGUGUUUGAUUUCAGACAGGCAUGCAUCAAUUGAAAGUGCUUACAAUAAUCCAGAGAAUGGUUGGCAUGAGCCUCCAUCUGUACAUGUCUAUUGGUACGCUUUGAACCAACCAACAUUCCACUACUACCGAAAUGAAAUUGGUAUGGCUAAUGGUGAUGCUUUAAGAUGGCUAGACAAUAUUCCAUUGGAAAAGUGGACGAGGGCAUUUGAUGGAGGUCGGCGUUGGGGUCACAUGACAACAAACCUGGUGGAAUCGAUGAACUCGGUAUUCAAAGGGACACGUAAUCUACCUAUUAUGGCAUUGGUGCGUGCAACAUACUAUAGGAUGGGAACACUUUUUGCUGAAAGGGGUGCUAAGUGGAGUGCAGUAUUGAGUUCUGGACAAACAUUUACAGAAAGUUGCAUGAAGGUGAGGAAAGAAGAAACGGCAAAAUCCAGCACGCAUCAUGUAAGAAUAUUUGACUAUAACCAUAACACUUUCAGUGUGAAGGAGACAAUGGACCAUGGUGAAGGAAAGCCUAUGGGAGAUUACAAGGUAAACCUAAGAGAUCUUUGGUGUGACUGUGGAAAGUAUCAAGCUUACCGUGUUCCUUGUUCACACGUUAUUGCUGCAUGUUCUAUGGUGCGCCAAGACGCCUAUGCUCUACUGUCCGACGAUUACAGAGUCUCAAACUUAUUCGGUGUUUACAGCACAAGUUUUCCAGUACUACCAUUAGAUGAGUAUUGGCCCUCCUUUGAAGGAGAUCAAAUUUGUCACAACCCAUUGAUGCGAAGGAACAAGAAAGGCCGUCCGGUGAGCUCACGUAUUAGAACGGAAAUGGACAAGUAUGAUAAGUUAGAGAGAAAAUGUGCGUUGUGUCGUCUUCCUGGUCACAACCGAACGAAUUGUCCAAAUGUUGGAACCAAAAUGAAGAAUCAGUUUGUUCAUGGACUAUCUGAAACGAUUGUUGGAGUUUUGGGUGGAGGUCAACUUGGUAGCAUGCUUUGUCAAGCUGCCACUAAGAUAGCAAUUAAGAUCGUGGUUCUAGAUCCUCAGGAGAAUUGUCCGGCAAGCUCGUUGUGUUAUCAGCACAUGGUUGAAAGCUUUGAUGACUGUGCAACAGUAGAGGAAUUUGCGAAGAGGUGUGGAGUUUUAACUUUUGAAAUUGAACACGUCAAUGUUACUACAUUGAAAAAACUCGAGAAACUCUUAAUUAUUUCUUUGACUAUGCAGGAUAAGUAUCUGCAAAAGGUUCACUUCUCUAAGCAUGGCAUUUCAGAGAAAACAGAAAGUAUAGUUUAUCGUGACUUAAAGCCCAAAAAUCUCUUACUUCAGAAGGAUGGCCAUGUUGUAUUAACUGAUUUCAAUCUAUCAUUUAUUACAUCUUGUAAACCCCAUGUGUUGGUUUUGUAA